UCUGUAAAUCUAAUAACAAGUAGAGCUUUCAUUUUUGAAAUUUUCUGAUUUUUCCCAUUCAGUGUAACUUUUUAAGUAAAGUUUGAGUCUACAUAUUGUAAUGUUGGACAGCAUUUACUGUUUAAUGUGUUGCUUGCGUUAGAUACUCAAACUCAUGUGCCGUUUUAAACAUACAGGAGUGUUAAACCAUCAAAACUUUACAUUAUAAUUCCAUUAUAUUUUAUAGAGGGUGACCUUUGGCACACCAACAAAGAUGCUGCUUUGUGGCUUGGAAAUUAUUGGUUCAAUUUCUGCUUUAGGAGAUUUAAUUUUCUGCAGUUUGCAGAAACAUACUAGUUUGUCUCCAACAACUUAUAAGCAGAAAAGGGAUAUGAUGGAAGGAGAUACUAAGAUUUUGGAUGAAGAUGGCACUCGGAACAAGAAGGAAAGUUCUCUAGUGAAGAUAAAAGUGUUGUUUUUUGCUAGAGCACGUGAUCUCACUGGCUUGAGUGAGAUGCCAUUGGAGGUGCCAUCUGGAAGUACUACUCAUGAUUGUUUGAAAAAGCUUGUUGUGAAGUUUCCAGGUUUAGAAGAAAUCAGAGGGUGUAUGGUCUUGGCUCUGAAUGAGGAGUAUACAACCGAGUCGAGCAUUGUUAAAGACACAGAUGAGUUGGCCAUAAUACCUCCAAUUAGUGGUGGCUGAACAACUUAAUAUCAGUGCAGGGUACUUCUACUUUUUGUACUGCAGUAAAUAUUCUGAAAUUAAAAUGAAUUUGAGUAAAUGCUGAUAAGUUUAUAUCUCAUCUAGGGUAAUUUUACUGAUGUGCAAUCUCAAGAGGUUAACCUUUCUCAACAUAUAUGUGAAGACCACUAAGUUUUCUUAGUAAACGGUUUAAUCAUGAAGUUAAUUAAAAAGUAAUAAUUUAACGAAAGGGCUCAACCUCUUGGGAACUUAGCACUCUAUGAAAUUGCCCUACUAUUAGAACUGUUGUAAUUUGUGAACAAAAACAAAUGUAAUGAUAGAUUUUAAUGCUAGAUUUAUUGUAAUUCAACAUUGAGACUUUUCUAUCUUCAAGAGAAAAUGAGAAAACUUCUUUUGUCA